AAUGACAAAAUGUGUGGAUGGUCACUUUUAUUCGGAUACAAGAAUGUUCCGUUUUGUUAGGGACGCCAUAACUAAGCAUCAAUGCGUAUUAAUUCAUGGAGAAACAGGGUGUGGAAAAUCGGCAUUAAUGAACCACGUCGGUAGGAGUCUACAGCAGCAUGAUUAUGUCUUAAAAUCAAUAACAAAGUUCAGUGAAAUAGAUCCAGAUCCAUCCUUGGAAUCAAAAACACUCUACCUUUUUGACGACGCUUUUGGAAUUUUCAACUGUGACAUUUCAUUCAUUGAUAUCUUGAAAGACUACAAUGACGUUGAGGUCCUGUUGAGACAUAGGCAUUCAAAAUUGCUCAUGACCAGCAGAAACGCAGUGUACAGGAAAAUAGAAAAAUUCAACUUUUCGGUCGUGUUUCAUGUAAUUGAUCUAAACGACCCUAUACUCUCUCUUAAUGAUGCUGAAAAGAAUGGUAUUUUCCAGAAUACAUGUAAAACACCUUUAGCUGAACAUUUGGAUAAGGCGCUGAAAUGUAAGCACCAUUCUUAUCCACUUCUUUGUGUACUUUUUUCUGAUUUUCCUGAGCUGCAAGAUUCUCCAUUUCAUUUUUUCGUUGAUCCUAACAAAUCGUUCCUUAGUUUCCUUGAUAAUUUACAAAAUAACAAACUCCUUACUUAUUGCUCUCUUGUGUUUCUUGCCUUGAAUGGUCGGGUCCGAUGUCCUCUUGAUUAUGUCAAAAACACAAACAUUAACAAAAAGCUGACAUUAGUGAAGCAGGCAUGUACACAACAUUGUGAUGAACAUUUUUCAUUUGAAAACCUUGUUGAAGAAAUUGAAAAUCUAGUGAAAAACACACGCUGGUUUCAGAGGGGUGACUGUGAUAUGUACAGUUUUCGUCACACGUUUGUUUAUGAAAUAGUGGCGUAUCAUUUCGGAAGAAAUAACAAAAAUACCUUAUUGGCAAAUAUGGGGUAUAAUUACAUCGCAGAAAAGGUACCGCUGGUAAAUGAAAUGAACGAGGAAUGCCAAACUGGAUUAAGUCUUCCUGUUGAUAUCAAUACGCUCCAAGAAAGAUUACUUGCUGGCAUUCGCGACAUGAAAAACUUCGAUGUUUUUACUAAUGCUUGUUGGGAGAAUUUAUCGUUCUGCAAUACGUUUCAGCGAAGUUUGCAAGAACUUAGAAUGUUAGACAUCGAAAAAUUGUUUUGGGGAUCAAAAAAUGCCGAAAACGUUACAGGUAUAUACGGAACCAAACUAUCAGAGAAUGAAAAAAGUUACAUUCCUUUAGAAUAUAACGAGUCGGAAUGGUUUCGACAGAAGCUUUUAGGGGAUCGAUCAGAAAAGAUUAUUGAAAAAAAAAUCCAGUAUGAAAUAAAAAUGAAGGCCAUCAGUUGGGUAAUCGGCUAUGGGAUAUCUCGAAUUUUGCCAGAUAUACUAGAAAUAAAGAAGAGCAUUAAAAAAGUAAAAUCGGAAUCGGUAUUUGACGGUGUAGAACAAAUACGACUCUUGACGCUUGCUAUUUUGAGUGAGAAUGUGGAUUGUUUCAAUAUUGUAUUGCAUUAUGUAGAUUCAAAAAAUAUAAACAACAAUUGCUUAUCUAAAUCUGGUAAAGACCAAACAUUCUUCAACAAACACAGGAAAUUCACUCCUCUAACAAUAGCCUGUUACAAAGGUUUUUCUGCAGCAAUAAGAAAACUGGUCGAAAAAGGGUCUGAAGUCAAUUUCAAGGACCAAAAUGGAAGCAUGCCAUUAGUGCUAGCAUGCCGAUUUGGAUUUUAUUCCGACUGUAUGUAUUUAGUUAACAAUGGAGCAGAUCUUAAUUGUAGCAAUGAAAAUGGUAUAACACCUUUAAUCGCUGCCACAAUGAGCAGAAAUUAUAAAAUAGUAACUUUUCUACUUGGUAAAAACGUACAAAUAAACCAAUGUACUAUAAGGGUAAAAAGUCCUCUCUACUACGCAGCAAAAAGGGGGUUCUCGGAAAUAGUAGGUAUUUUAAUUGAGGAAAAAGCAUCCGUAAACAUAUGCGACAACGAAGGAAAAUCGCCAUUGUACUGGGCAGCUCAAAAUGGCUUUUGUAACAUAGCCGAAACUCUCGUCAACAAAGAAGCAGAUAUUAACCAGUGUGACACUAAAGGAAAAUCUCCACUCUACUGUGCUUCAAAGCGAGGUUAUUUCCAAAUUGUCCAAUGUCUGUUGCAGAAAGGCGCCAACGUAAACAUAACAACACACCACAACAAGACAUCACUCUAUAGAGCAGCGAAAAGAGGACAUACUGACAUUUGUAAAGUUUUGAUAGAGAAGCAUGCAAAUGUUAAUAAAACAGAUUGGAAAGGAUGCACACCCUUAUAUUGGGCUUCUAAAAGAGGACAUUUUGAUAUUGUCAUAAUUUUACUUAAAAAUAAAGCAUCCCCAAACAACAAAAAUGAUAAAGAAAAAGCAGCUCUUCACUGUGCGGCGCAAGCAGGCUAUGUUGAUAUUGCGAAAGAAUUAGUAAAUUAUGGAGCUGAUACCCACAUUGAAGAUGUUCGUAGACGAACGCCAUUGUACUGUGCUUCCAAGCGUGGUCAUGUUGAGAUGGUAAGGUAUCUCAUCAAAUGUGGUUGUGGUUCAUCUAUUAACACACCUACAGUCAAAUCAAAAUCGGCGUUAUUUCGGGCAGCAAAGAGGAAUCACGUAGAUGUUCUGAAAGAACUGAUCGCUAAUAAUGCAGACGUUAAUCUUUCUGAUGAGAAUGGUGAAUCUCCUCUUUAUUUUGUUGCACAGCGUGGGCAUCUCGAAGUCGUUCGUAUCCUUCUUCAGGAAGGGGCCGACGUUAACAGCUCUUGUAAAAAUAAACAAACUGCUUUAUACUGGGCUUCACAAGGAGGGUAUUUUGCAAUUGCACAACUUCUAGUGGAGCGCGGAGCAAAUAUUCACCAUAAAGCAGAUCGCGAUAAAACCUCGCUCUAUUGUGCUUCGAAACGUGGUUAUUUGAAUAUUGUUCAGUUGCUGGUUGAGAAGGGAGCUGACGUUGACUGUAGAAACAAUAAAAAGCAAACUCCGUUGCUUCGUGCUUGUAAAAGAAAUCAUUUGAAAGUUGUGAAGUAUCUUCUUAAUCAUGGAGCUGAUGUCAACUUAAAAGAUGUAAAUGGCGAGACACCGCUUCUCUGGGCAGCUGAAAACGGCCACUUUGACGUUGUUAAAAGGCUAAUAUGUACAAACAAAUGUUAUAUCAACGAUUCUAAUGUUGUACACCAGACGCCAAUUUAUCGUGCUGCCAAAUAUGGUCAUAUCGAGAUCGUCAAUCAUUUGUUACUUAAGGGGGGUGACAAAACAAUCGCUGAUAAAUAUGGUCGUUCCCCAGUUGAAAUGGCUCAAAGAAUGGGUCACAUGGACAUUGUCCAAAUUCUUCGUUAAACAGCACAAACAUCUCACCAUAUACUCGUAUCAGUUCCAUGAUCAAGCCAUUGCAACAAUUCUAUGUUACUCACAAUAAGGUGAUUGUGACAUUCGCUUUCUUCUGAAAGCAAAAAAAAACAAAAAAAACAAAA